AUGCCACACUCUUACGGUAUCCGCGCUCGUACGCGGUACAUGUUCUCUCGUAAAUUUCGAGAACAUGGAUCUAUCAAACUUUCAACUUACCUCAAGACAUAUAAGGUCGGCGAUAUCGUUGAUAUAAAGGCCAACGGUGCCGUCCAAAAGGGUAUGCCCCACAAGUUCUAUCACGGGUAUGAAUUUUAUGAAUUCACCUUGAUCAACUUUAUUCUCAAGAUAUUGAUUAUAUUUUUACGAUUUAGUCGCACUGGUAUCAUUUAUAAUGUAACCAAAUCUGCUGUUGGUGUUAUCAUUAAUAAACGUGUUGGCAACCGUUACAUUGAAAAACGGAUUAACGUUCGCAUUGAGCAUAUCAAGCAUUCGAAAUGCAGGGAUGACUUUUUACGUCGGGUUAAAGAAAAUGCAAUCAAGAAAAAAGAGGCUAGGGCUAAAAAUG